AUGGCCUCCGGGGCCGACGUCGCCCAGGCUGCGGCCACGGCGGUCCGGCAGCGGCGCGACGAUGAGGGCAACAGGCGCGCCACGGCCGAGUCCGUGCAGAACAAGGAGGAGGCCUUCCGCGCGCUGGAGAAGGUCCUCAGGCAGCUGAGCCUCGAGAACGACCUCCUGGAGUCGUUCCUCAAGCGCGUCAGCCCGUCCUCGCUCGACGCGAUCAUGCAAGAGAUGGAGCGGCACUCGUCGGAGCGCCGGAACCGCUCGUCGACCAUGUCGUUUGCUGCCAUCGCCAAACGCGGCGCCAAGGGCAACCGCACGGGCGAGUACGAGCCGCUCAAGGACGAGGAGCUCGCGGAGAUCGCGUCCCAGCAGAUCGAGAGCCUCGGCAAGGACAUUGAGGGCGUCAAGGAGAACUUCGCGGAGGUUCGAGAGGACGUGCAAGCGCAGCUGGACGAGGUGGAUAUGCGCAUGGAGGAGCUGCGGAGAGAAACAUACGAGUUCAAGCGGGACGUCAUCGUGGGCGGGGAGGACCCCCGGACGGGCCGCACGGCCGCGGAGAAGGUCGUCAAGUACCUCGAGGAGGGCCUGCGGGACAAGGACACGCAGAUGGAGAAGCUCCAGCUGCGCAACAUGAUGAUGAAGGCGUCGAUCCGGAAGCUGGAGCAGCAGCUGCAGCACAAGCAGGAGCUCGGGGAGCUCCUGAACGCCAUCGACUUCGAUCAAUUGAAGAUUGAGAACCAGCAAUUCCUGGAACGCAUCGAGGAGCGCAACAACGAGCUCCUGCGCCUCAAGCUCACGACGGGGAAGACGGUGCAGGUCAUGAACGGCCUCAAGGCCAAGCUCUCGCGUCUGACGGACAAGGUGCGGUUCCUGAAGGACGACAUCAAGGACCGAGAGCUGCAGGUGGGGAAGAUCGACAGCGACAUCAAGCGCGCGCAGGAGGCCGUGCAGGCCACGGAACGGCAGCAUAGGGCGCUCCUGGCGGAGCGCGAGGACCCCGAGGCCCCGCAGGUCAUGGAUUACAUCCGCGUGAAGGCCCAAGUGACGGAGAUGGAGAAGGCUGUGUCCGACUGGCAGCGCAAGUGCGAGAUCGCGGAGCUCGAGGCCGGGCACACGCGGCGCACGCAGGCCGCCACGAUCCGGAGGCUGAAGACCGAGAUGCCGCCCGAGGCCCUCGCUGCGCUGGCCGCCUCUGGGACCGUGCCACGCAUGACGGGCACGAGCAGCUUGGGGUGA